CGUCACUCAGUCCCGUUUUCAACCCGGACCUUUUGGGAGCUUCCGCUCUGCACGAUUCUAUAUAUAAACGCAGAGCAAGGCCAGUUGGAAAGCAUUCGCAGGAAUUCCUUGGGUUCGCAGGCCUUUUCUGUUGUGUGUUAACUUACGUGGGCUGUGGUGAGGGAGCCUGUGGAAGUUCGUAUAUUGUGACGUAUCAUUUGUGUAAAGAAGAGGGGCCACACAUCAAGGAUGCACAGUGCAAUCAGGAAUGUCGUCUUCAUUUUCGCUAUAGGGAUCGGAUUCGUCCUUAUCGAAGCCCAGUCCGACAAGUUAAUCACCACAGGUUGCAUGAACUGCAUAUGUGAGGCAGCCAGCAACUGCAACGUCAGCAUCGGAUGUUUCCAGCCUUACGAUGGGUCUUAUUUCUGCGGCGCGUUCGGCAUCUCUCUCAAUUACUGGAUCGAUGCUGGAAAACCGAUCAUCAAGAAGGACGAUCCGGAGAAACCAGGAGCAUUUGAAAACUGCGUAACCGAUUUGUACUGCGCUGCGGAGACUGUGGAUCGGUAUAUGAAAAAAUUCUCUACAGAUGGGGACUGCAACAGUGACGGAGAGGUGGACUGUGCAGACUUCGCCCUGAUGCACAACAUGGGAGGCUACGACUGCAGCAGCAAUGUCAACAACACGAAGACCGACUUCUACGAGAACUUCGAAAGCUGCUGGACAAAGAUUAAGCCCCAAGCUAGUGUCAAUGCUACUUCUGAAUAAUCCUACUGUCAAAUGCAAUUUUUGAGAAUUAAAAACUAUUAUUAUUAUUAUUAUUCUUGAAAAUAUGCAAGAUUUCUUAUGGGGAAUCCAGAAAAACCAUCAAUAUAAACAGACGUCCAUAGUAGGAUAGCAUUCUCUUACGUCAAGGGCCAUGAAAAUGUACCAAAUAUGAUUACACUUGGGAACAGAUGAAAUAAAUAAAUGGGCAGGGUAAUGCAAAUAUACAUAUUUGCAUUUAUUUUUCAUAAAUUUCUAAAUCAAA